UAAGUUAGGUUGCGCAUAGGCGCAGGAGACGGAGGAAUAGAUACAGUGUAGCUGUUAAUCUAUUGGGAGAGGCUACAGUGUAGAAAUCUGCAACAUUGUGCCAAGUGUGCUUGUGUCUUUUUUCUCCUCUUUCGCGCAACAUUCUGAAGAUAAAAGCGCGUUAUCUGAGUUGUAGAGGAAAAAAUAAAUAAAUAAACAACGCAUUCUACACCAUAAAGAAAGGACUAUUUUGCGGUUGGAAAUUUCAGCUGCAGUUGUACAUUUGGCUUAAACAUCACGUUGGAAAUGUCCGAAAAUAAGAAGACUGAUUCGAAGUUGUCAACGACUGAUAGGGUAGUUAAAUCUGUCCCUUUUCCUCCAAGCCAUCGACUAACUGCAAAGGAAGUGUUUGACAGUGAUGGGAAGCCCCGGGUGGAUGUCUUAAAGGGUCAUUUGACCAAGGAAGGCCGUCUGGAGGAAAGUGUGGCCUUAAGGCUCAUCACAGAAGGAGCAGCUAUUCUCAGAUCUGAGAAGAAUUUAUUGGAUAUUGAGGCGCCCGUAACUGUGUGUGGAGAUAUUCAUGGACAAUUCUUUGACUUGAUGAAGCUUUUCGAAGUGGGUGGUUCACCGGCUACUACACGUUACCUGUUUUUAGGUGAUUAUGUCGACAGAGGCUAUUUUAGUAUUGAAUGUGUGCUGUACUUGUGGGCCUUGAAAAUCCUUUAUCCUAAAACAUUGUUUUUGCUCCGUGGAAACCAUGAAUGUAGACAUUUAACAGAGUAUUUCACAUUUAAACAAGAAUGUAAAAUUAAGUAUUCAGAGAGAGUGUAUGACUCAUGCAUGGAUGCCUUUGACUGCCUUCCCCUGGCUGCUCUGAUGAAUCAACAGUUUUUAUGUGUUCAUGGAGGCCUGUCUCCUGAAAUUAACACUCUAGAUGACAUCAGGAAGUUAGAUAGAUUUAAGGAGCCCCCUGCAUUUGGACCAAUGUGUGAUCUUUUGUGGUCAGAUCCUUUGGAAGAUUUUGGGAAUGAAAAGACUCAGGAACACUUUACACACAACACAGUAAGAGGCUGCUCAUAUUUCUACAGUUACCCUGCAGUUUGUGAUUUCUUACAGCAUAAUAACUUAUUAUCAGUAAUACGGGCACAUGAAGCACAGGAUGCUGGAUAUCGAAUGUACAGGAAAAGUCAAACUACAGGCUUCCCAUCACUUAUCACAAUAUUUUCAGCACCAAACUAUUUAGAUGUGUAUAACAACAAAGCUGCAGUACUAAAAUAUGAAAACAAUGUAAUGAAUAUCCGGCAGUUCAACUGUUCUCCUCAUCCAUACUGGCUUCCAAACUUCAUGGAUGUUUUUACUUGGUCUUUGCCAUUUGUUGGGGAAAAGGUGACAGAGAUGUUGGUAAAUGUCUUGAGCAUCUGUUCUAGUGAUGAGCUUACGACUGACGACGAGAUUGAUGGUGCUACUGCAUCCGCUCGCAAAGAGGUAAUUAAAAAUAAGAUCCGAGCAAUUGGAAAGAUGGCCCGUGUGUUUUCAGUCUUAAGGGAAGAAAGUGAAAGUGUUCUAACACUGAAGGGCCUGACUCCAACUGGGAUGCUGCCAAGUGGUGUACUUUCUGGGGGUAAAGAGAAGCUACAAAAUGCUACUAUUGAGGCUAUUGAGGCUGAUGAAGCAAUCAAAGGAUUCUCUCCACAACAUAAGAUCACUAGCUUUGAAGAAGCCAAAGGCUUAGACCGGAUCAAUGAAAGAAUGCCUCCUCGUAGAGAUGCUCUCCCUACUGAUGCUAGUCUCAACUCCCUCAACAAGGCAAUUUCCUCUGAGACAAAUGGCACUGAGAGCAAAGGCAAUAGCAGCAGUAACAUCCAGUGACCACUUCCUGUUUUAACAACAAUGUAGCAUGAUGAGAUGGCUGUCAGAUCAGAGGUUCGGACGUUCUGCCUUUACUUGAUAGCAACUUGCUAUAGUGGGAAAAAGUGUGGGGUUCAGUUUACGGUAUCAGUUGAAAGAGAGAGAGUAAAAUAUAAUUUGUUGGGUUAUGAUUCCCCUUCUUUGGAUAUGCCUUUUAAUGCCUGUUGAAACAUGAAAAGUUAAUGUAAGUUAACCCUUCAAAGUCUAAGGGGGUUAUACCUGGUAAUGCAUUGAACUGGGGAGGGAAGACCAUGGGUAUGUUUCAUGCAAGGCCUUUACUCUUUUACUGGACAUGGAAACCAUACUAACUCUUGUACGUUUACAAACACAGCACUAAAAUGAACAGAAAGUAAACAACAUUUUUAACACAUAAGGGUGUACAAACUAAAUAAGGACUAUUUAUUGAUAUAUUUUUUUGCUACUAUUGUCAUACAGAUCACUCUAAAAAUAAUUAGGCAGUCUUAAUAGAAUGUUGCUAAUUUGUUAAAAUGCCAAAAAAGAAAAGACAAAAGGUUUGUUUGUUUUGUACAGAUUAUGCUUACCUCAGGUUUAUUUAGUGUGCUUCAAAUGCCCUACUUUUUAUGUAAUGGCUAUCAAACUCUAACUUGGCAAAAUCUCUUUUUCUUUAGGUUUAAUAACUGGAAUAUUUACAUGUAUCAUUUGCAAAUAUAAUUUCGGGUUUGGGGUAAAAGUAUUGGUCAUGGCUUGCUGGAAUUCUAUAUUUAUGAGUGGUAAUAUUUUAUAAAGUAUAGUGAACAAAACACCAUAUUAAGUGCAGUGAGAGCAUCUAUAUUCUGUAAAAAAAAAAAAUAAAAAUAA